AUGAGACCACUAUCUGCAGCAAUUUUAUUAACAACUUUUUGUUAUUUAACAUUGCUUAGUAUAACAAACGUCUACGGCUCAAGAUCGAAAGCCUUUUCGAAUAUUUUAAACCGAAAGCCAUUAGUGAGUCCCGAACAUCCCCCUGCAUUGCAAUAUUAUAAACGUACUAAGCGCGGAACUCCACAUACUAUUAAAGAAUUUCGAAACUAUUUAACAAAUAUUAAGCAACAAUGUGGUUCAGAGAUGGGUUUUCAACCAAAAGAACUGGAGAAAAAUUUAUUAUACCAGGAAAAUGUAACACCAAAAGAGAAAUGUCUGCUGGAAUGUAUAUUGAAGCGAUCUGGAAUAAUGAAUAAGAGCAAUAGAUUAUCGACACGAAGUGUUGGACGCAUCGCUGAACUUGUCUCCCAAAAUAAUGUGCUAGUGGUAUCCAUUGCUGUGGCAAGUGCUGAAAAAUGCAAUAAAUUUAUAAAUGCACCGGAUCCAUGUGAGGCGGCCUAUCAAUGCACGAAAUGCAUCGCUAAUGAAAUGAAAUCACGCAAAUUUCAAGCUUUUUAUUAA